CCUCACACAAAGGAGAUAUAGAUAGCUCACGAGCGUUGGUUAGAAACUGGGGGAGUCAACGGAGUCCGAAUUUCCGGCGACCGCACCGGAAGCAAGCCAGCCAAACCAUGUCGAUGGCGACGGCGAUGUUCGUGAUCAAACCCGUCUCUCCGCUCAUCCGUCAAUGUCGCAAGCCUCGACUCAAUCAUCAUCACGCCGCUCACACGCCUCUCAGUCUCAACCGAGUCGCGACUCACCUCCCCACUUCUCUCCCCUCAGCGGCGGCACCUUCUGCUGCCAAGUCGACCGUGGACGACGAGUUCGAUCCGGCGCUGCCGAUUGAAGAGGCCUCGACUCCGCCGAGCUCGUGGUACACCGACCCUUCUUUCCUCGACCUCGAACUCGAUCGCGUCUUCUAUCGAGGCUGGCAGGCCGUUGGAUGCACCGAUCAGGUUAAAUCGCCCCAGGACUUCUUCACUGGCAGUUCUUUAUUAAUAGGAGUGAGAUACUUAGAAUCAGCACCUUUCCUAGAAUUUGUGGUGUGUCGAGAUGAUAAUGGAAAAAUCCGUGCCUUUCACAAUGUCUGUCGCCAUCAUGCUUCUCUUCUUGCAUCUGGAAGUGGCAGGAAGUCGUGCUUUGUGUGCCCAUAUCAUGGGUGGACUUACGCACUGAAUGGGGCCCUUCUCAGAGCAACUAGAAUCAAAGGAAUCCGGAACUUUGAUGUAAAGGAGUUUGGGCUCAUUCUGCUAAAAGUAGCUACUUGGGGCCCAUUUGUUCUUCUCAAUUUCGAGAAAGAUGUUUCACCCGAUCAGGAAGUUGAAAGUGACACAGCAGCAAUGGAAUGGACUGGUAGCUGUGUAGAUAUUCUGGGCAAUAACUGCAUUGAUCCGUCACUAACCUAUCUUUGUAGACGUGAAUACACCCUUGAGUGUAACUGGAAGGUUUUCUGUGACAAUUAUUUAGAUGGCGGCUAUCAUGUACCAUAUGCGCACAAGGGCCUAGCAUCUGGUCUCAAGCUUGACUCUUACUCCACCACAAUACAUGAAAAAGUAAGUCUACAAAUAUGUGAAGGUGGAUCAACUGACAGUGCGGAUGAUUUUGACCGACUUGGAGCGAAGGCUCUUUAUGCUUUCAUUUAUCCCAAUUUCAUGAUAAACAGGUACGGACCAUGGAUGGACACAAAUCUUGUAGUGCCCCUAGGACCAAGGAAAUGCCGCGUAAUAUUUGACUAUUUUCUGAAAGAUUCUCUCAAGGAUGACAAGAUUUUCGUGGAGAGAAGUCUGCAAGAUAGUGAAAGAGUACAGAUGGAAGAUAUUGUUUUGUGUGAAGGCGUUCAAAAAGGCCUUGAAUCUCCAGCCUAUUGCCGUGGAAGAUAUGCGCCGACAGUCGAAAAUGCCAUGUACCAUUUCCAUGGUCUGCUCUAUCACAAUGUUAAAGGAUGAAUUACAGGUAUAUAUUGUUCGUUGAGGGUGAAAAACCUAGCGGUCCUUUGCUUUUUAACUUUUCAUUUCCAGACUAUGAGAUAUAAACCCCCUCCGAGCUUAUCGGAUCUAUAUCGUGAUUGCCUAACAAAACCCUCCAGGCUUUAGCAGAAGUAACUCUCAACCCAUGGCCUUUCGAUUUUCCUCUUAUGCUGGAACAAAUGUAAUUCUAAUGUGUCUACAAAUUGGUUUAGUUUUGCUUA